UAUAGAAGAUUUUAGUGUCAUUAUUGUAAAUCUAACCGAUGUCAGUGCAAUUUAUCCAAUUGUAUAUUACUCCUCAGUCCCAAAAUAGAUGGCGAGUUGGGGAAAUGGGAGUACUCAUUUUUUUUUUUUUCUUUUUUGAAUGGAAAUGGGAGUACUCAUAGUGUUAACUAAAAAAUAGGGGCAUCUCUUUUUCUAUAUUAAAAAAACCAGUCAAUCUACAUUCUCUCAGGGGUUUCACAAGGGUUUACUAGCUUGUGCGUACUGUGUUCAAAUAUUUUCUCUCUUUUUCUACAUCGAAAACCAGUCGAUCUACAUUGUUUCACAACGCUUUACGAGUUUCUGUGUACUGUGUAUAUAUAUAUAUUCUCUCUUUUUCUACAUCAAAAACCAGUCCAUCUACAUUCUCUAGGGUUUAUAACAAGGCUUUACGAGUUUGUGUAUCUAUAUAUAUAUAUAUAUAUAUAUAUAUAUAAGUUGCAUUGGAGAUGGCUUCGCUAGAGAAGUUAUCGGCUAGUCUUGAACUUACAAAGAAGAAAACGAACGGCCUUCGAAAGGCGAUUCUUUUGUUUGCGCUUGAAUGGAAGGAUUUCGAAAAGCAUUUGGAAUCUAAUCAACAGUCCUUAGAAGAAUCUUGGUGUGAAAUCGAUUCGAAAGAGAAGCAUUUGGAGUUAAUUCGAAAAUCAGCCAUUGAAAGCAAUGAGGAAGUGGAAUUGCUUCGGAUUUCGGCCAGAGAACGGUUUGAGGAACUUGAAGUUAAAGAGAAUGAGUUCAAGUUGUUUCAGGAAGAGCAUAUUACAGACUUCAAAUUGAAAGAGGAGAAGUUGGGUUCGUUUCGGAAAUCGGUAGAGGAACGCAUGGAGGAGGUUGAAUUGAGAGAAGAAAAAUUGGGCGUACAACAGAAAUUAGUAGAGGGGCUUUUUGAGAAAAUUGAGUUGAAGCAUAAGCAAUUUGAACCUAUUCAGAGAUUGAUGGACGAACGGUUCAAAGAGAUCAAUGUGAAAGAGAAGCACUUCGAAAGUUUGGAAGAGCGAUAUAAGCACUUUGAAAGUCGUUCGAAAGAACUGCAUGCGAUUCAAAAUUGGAUAGAGAGACGUGCCAAAGAGCUUGAUACUAAAGAGGAAUGUUUGGAAGAACGAUGUAAGGAACUUGACUUGAAAGAGAAGGAAUUUGUUUCUCUCCAAAAAUUGACUGAAGAACGCUGCAAGGAAAUUGUAAAGGAGAAACAAUUGGAUUCUACUAAAAAGUUGAAUGAAGAAUGGCCUGGAAAACUUGAUUCCAGAGAGAAGCAAUUUAAUUCAGUCAAAAAAUUUGGCCCUCAGUGCUUCAUGGAUUUUCGAUCGGAAAAGAAGCAAUUGAAGUCGGAAGGAAAAAUGCUAGAGGGACGCUCUAAGGAGCUUGAAGAGGAAAAAUUUGCCAACGCCCUUCAUUCAAGUGUAGAGAUUGAGCAUCCAGAAAAUGUGCCACCCGAUAAUAGGAUUGAUUGUUUAUAUGCAGAUAUUAGAUUAUGUAUGACCAUGGAUGGGAAGAGUUUGCAGAUUUUCCUCAAUGAGCGCUCGAACCGGCAUGAUGUGAUGUCUGAUGAAAUUUGCAGGGCUCUUCGGUUGCGGUUGGAUUCUGCAAAGCUAGUUCUAGAUGCAAUGGAAGGGUUUUACCCUCCGCAUUUGAAGAAGGGAGAUAGAGAGUUCCAGGGGGAUGUAGUUAGGAGGAGUUGUAUUCUUUUGUUAGAGCAGUUAAUGACAAUCUCACCAUGGAUCCGACUUAAUGUGAAAGAAGAAGCAUUUAAACUUGCACACGAGUGGAAGGUGAAAAUGGGAACCGCUGCUAAGAACUCAUUGGAGGUGUUGGGUUUCUUGCAGCUUCUGCCUUCCUACAAAUUGACCUCUGAGUUUGAUGCGGAUGAGCUUUGGAAACUAUUUGAGGUCGUUGCUGAGCAUAAGGCAGCCCCUAAAUUAUGUUGGGUCCUUGAUUUUGCAGAUAAGAUUCCCGAUCUCAUCCAAAAUUUUAUCAAUAAGAAGCAGCACCUUGUGGCUCUUAGAUAUAUCUGUGCAUUUGAGCUUGUUAACAAGUUCCCACCAGUACCCCUCUUGAGAGAAUACUUGUGCUGCAGAAAGAUGCCUUACAAAUCACAUAAUGUGCAGAAUAGGGCCAUAGAAGAAAGGGUGGCUGCUGUAAUAAGUGACAUUGUUGGUCACAAGCUUGAAAUCAAAUACUCAAAUAGCAACCUUGAAGAAUGCAUUGAACAGCUUAUAAUGCUGAAGGACGGUAACUUAUGUAAUGUGCAAGCAAGUGAGAAGAAACUUACAUCGUCCACAACUGAUCCCAUCCCUACUAAGGCCCUUAACAAUGCCUCGAUUCUCCCGAAGAUUACUGCCCCGAUUCUUCCGAAGAUUACUGCCCCCACUCUUGCCCCUGCCACCACUAUGGCCUUCAUCCUUGCCAAAAUGAACGGAAAGAGAUUGCAAAUUUUCUUGAACGAGCAUUUGGAAGAGCAUGAAUUAUUGUGCAACGAAGUUUCUACUGCUCUCCAAAUGUCAGUCGACUCAGGAAAACUUGUUUUGGAUGCAAUGCAAGGAUUUUAUCCUCCACAUUUGAAGAAGGGAAAAAUGUAUUUUGAGGGAUGUAUCUGUAGGAGGAGUUGCAUGCUUUUGUUAGAGCAAUUGAUGAGACUCUCACCUCAGAUUACACCUAAAGUGAAAGAAGAAGCAAUGCAACUCGCAGUUGAUUGGAAAGAGAAGAUGAGAUCGGAAACUGAGAAAUUGGUUUUUUUCCAAAUGGUAGGUGCCUACAGACUGGCCUCUGCUUUUGAUGUAGAUGAGCUAUCACUUCUUUUCGGGACUGUUGUGCACCUUAGACACGCCCCUGAAUUAUGUCAAAUCCUUGGUUUCUCAUUAAGCAUCCCUGUUGGAAAUGUCCUUCAUUCACACGAAGAGGUUGACCAGUCUUCGUCCCAAAAUUCGCUGUUUAGCAACAAAAUUAUUUCUUCAUCGGUGGGUCCUCAGGUUGAGUUUAAAUCUGUAUGCACCAAUAUGAAAAGAAAGCAAGUUUCCAGUUCUAUUCAAUUUUCACUGGAUCCAGCAAAGCUUGUUUUGGAUGCUUUGCUAGGUUGUUAUCAUUCGAACUUGAAGGGAAAUAUGAGCCCCAGGGAGAAUGUCUUGAGGACUUGUGCUAUUUUCUUAGAGCAAUUAAUGAGAGUAUCACCAAAGAUUAAGCCUCAUGUCCAAAAAGAAGCAAUGAAUUUUGCAGUUGAUUGGAAAGCAGAAAUGAUGAAGAGCAAGAAGCCUGUAAAGGUCUUAAUUUUUUUGCAGAUUGUAGCCAUCUAUAAAUUGGUCUCUUGGUUUAAUGCAAACGAGCUUCUCCGUUUUCUUGGAAGUGUUAACUGGCAUGAGCAGGCCAUUGAUUUAUUUCCAAUCCUUGAAUUGGCGGAUAAGAUCCCUGAUAUCAUCAAAAAACUUAUAGAAAGGGAGCAGCGGCUUGCGGCUAUUGAGUAUAUUUAUGCAUAUGGCCUUGUUGACAAGUUCCCACCAGUACCUCUCUUGAAAGCCCACUUGACCUAUUCAGUAGAGAUUGCCAAUAAAAUAUGCAAGGAGGUGAACAAUUCUCUUGAAGCACAGGAUAGGGCGACAAAGCGAGAAGUAGAUGCUCUCAGAGCCGUAAUCAAAUGCAUUACAGAUCAUGGUCUUGAAUCUGAUUUUUCACCCGAAAACCUUAAAACACGCAUUGAACAGCUGGAAAGGGAAAGUGCAGACCAGAGAAUUGUUGCGCCACCCCCUGCAUCUGAGUCUCAACCCCAAGAACAUGCUGGGAAAAAAAUUGUUACGCCAACCCCUGCCCCUUCAUCUGAGGCUCAACUGCAAGAGGAAUAUGGGAAAAAAUGUAUUAACCCUGCAUCUGAGGCUACAGCACAAAAGAAAGCUGGAAAAAAACGCAUUGCACCAACCCUUGCCUCCAAGACUCAACCAGAACAUCAGCAGGCCAAAAAACAUCAUCGGGAAGCUAGAUCAAAAGCAGCAGCCUCUUAUCCUGUUCACUCAGCACGGCCUCCUUCUCAACCACAUUAUUUAUGGGUACCUGCUGAAUACUGUAGGCCAAGGGGAUCCACUCCAUAUACCUCACAUUUGAGAAAUUUAAAUUGGCAGUAUGGAUUGGGUGCCAUGCCAUUUGCCCCUGCUAAUUUCUAUGCUCCACCAUUUGCGGCACCAGUUACGCAUCACUUGUAUCAUCCACGGCGCUAUCCCUAUCCCCGACCAUUAUGACGCCGGACCUUGUAGACGACACACUAAUGGCAAUAGGCGAGCGUGACAGUGUCUAUGGUAUGCGACCUGAAUGCAUCCAUCUACGUAUCAUUGAAGUUCUUGACUUUAAGACUUUCCAUUGGUGACCAAUCGUGUUGUCCAGAUUUUUUUUUAUAUGUUUAGACAGUUAUGAUAAUUGUACAUUACUAUCUUCUACCUUUAUUAAAAUCCUAUCAGUAAAGAGGUUCUUUAUAUGAUGCUUUCCAAAAAGGUGUAAAAGAUACUUUUCUACCUCACAACACAGGUUAAGGUUAGAUUUAUAAAGAGAGCUUUGUUAAUAUGAAGAAGAGCGGUCAAGGACGUGCUAGGAAUAGAAAUCAGCGAACACAACAAAUCAACUAGCGCUGAUAAUGUAACUUUGUUGAUCGAAUUUGUCACCACUUAAUUGUUC